AUGGCAUCAUUGAAGCCCAUUAUCACUCUUCCACUUCGGCCACGAGAUGAGGUUAAGCUCGCUCACGAUAAACUCUUCCAUAACGACAUUAUUGGCAGACGAAUAAGGGAUACACUUUCGACCAGGAAACGAAGAGCCUUUCGGGUUACGGAUCCUACUCUGGCCGAGUAUACAGACCUAACGCCCAGGAUUGUUACUCCGAUAUAUUCUCAAGAUGCCGCCGCGAUUGUUAGCUUGCUGGACUUGAACCCAACAGUACCAGGCACAGACGACGAGAAGCUCGAGAUCUUCGAAGCAGGGACAGGUCAUGGAGCACUCACGCUUCACCUGGCGCGGGCAAUCCACGCAGCAAACACUGCUCCGCCCCCAAAACCCGAAAAACAAUCAGAUGCCCAGACUACAGACAGCCAGGGCGAGGCAGGAACAGACGUGGCAGAUCAACAGCUCGAAGCAUAUACAGCUUGGCUAAAAAGUCGUCGUGCUAUAAUACAGACAUUGGAUAAUAGGAGGGAACACUCGGAACACGCUCAAAACACCAUCAAAAACUACCGCAAUGGCAUGUAUUACCACAACAUCGACUUCCACGUUGGUACAAUUGAACAGUACAUCUCCUCUCGACUUUCCAAGUCUCCGACUCCCUUCCUCUCCCACGCUAUCCUCGAUCUCCCAGACACGCACACGUAUUUCAAACUAGUUGCCAAGGCACUGAAACCAAAUGCUAGCCUGCUGGUCUUUUGUCCGAGUAUCACACAGAUAAAUACCUGUGCACUAGACGUCAGAAAGAACGGAACCCCUCUGUUCUUAGAGAAAGUAGUUGAGCUCGGCGCAGCAAUCGGUGUUGGGGGAAGGGAAUGGGAUGUAAGACCUGUGAGGCCAAGAGCCUUUUUGAAAGCUAGGGCCGAAGCUGCGGAGAGAGGUCAAGCUGCAGUAGAAGAUAGUGCGGAAGCUGUUGAGCAGUCCGAGGAGGACGGCUGGGAACUGGUUUGCAGACCGAAAGUUGGGCAGAGGAUUAGUGGUGGGGGUUUUGUGGGGUUGUGGAAGAAAAUGUUCAUCGAGUAG